AUGUCAACUGCUGAAUGCCCGAUCUGCUUCGAAAGCUUUGCGUUGCUUGAAGACGGCGUUUUCUUCGUCGCCUGCGGACAUUGCAUCUGCACUGAAUGUUCGCGUCAGCGGCAAUGGGAUAGGUGCCCGACUUGCCGCACGCACGCUGGCAUUCCCCCUUUCAGACGGAUCUUCGUGCAGACUUCCCCGCAGGGAUCAGUUUCAGCAGCGUUGGAAGAGCAGCGCGCUGCCUUGGCGGCCUACGUUGACCAGCUUACCGCCCGCGUGCAAGCGCUCGAAAGUGAGAUGACGCGGUUCGAGGACGAGAGCACGCGCCUGACGGUGCGUCUGCAGCAGACGCAGGGCGAUCUGCGUGCCGCGGAAGGGCGGGAACGCUGUCAAAAGGAGGAGAUUUUGGAGUUGGGGGAUUGGCUAAGUGUGUAUGCUGAUCUCAAGAACUACUGGACGAGGCGCACUAUAGCGCUACAAAGCGACAGCGAGGCGCUGAAGCGCGAUGUUGGUGCUCGGGAUAAGACCAUCCAAUCGCUGAAGGAACAGAACCGCACACUGACGGCAAAGCUAGACCGAUACGAAGGCAGGACAUGGGUGAGCCGGUGGAAUAGCCUAGCGGGCCCAGCGAGGAGAUCCUCGGGGCGACGGCCUGGUGGUGGCACAGAGCUGGAUAAUGCUGGGGAUACACUGCAUGUAGAGCACGCGAUAAGUCCUGCAACCUCGGGUCGUGUACCCAAUCUAACGAAGUCCCACCUAUUUGUGGCAAACGCGACCCCGGCCAGCGGCGCGAAGCUGGACGCUGAGAGGUUCCUGCGUGUCGGCGACGCGGGCGAGAGCGAGACUGAGUGCCGCGUCUACGGCGGCCGAGGGAUGCGAAUGGUCGAGUGGUUCCGCUCGAUAAGCACGAAAGCGGACUCUGUACGAGCAGGCUGCGGUAUCGAAGACGAGUGGGUGAUAACGGGGGUGGUCAGCGCGUGCUCGAAAGAACAGAGAUCGUGGCCGACUGCGACGUCGACGCGGGCCCGCGCGAUGUCCCUCAUCGUAGUCGCGGCAACGGCCAUCCUCGGGGACACGUGCAUGUCCUGCCUUCUCCCAUUUCUCGCGCUCGGUCUGUGCACCAGCGACGCGCCCCGCUUUGAAUUGGGUCUCAAGUGCGGCAUUCGUCGGUGUACCCUCUGCCGACAGGUGAUCUUGGAACAGCGCGAGGAGAUUGGUCCAGAGGGCGGUCUCGGCAAUGACGGGGUUACGAUCGUGUAG